GGUGGUUCUGUUAUACAAGGUAUUGAAUGGCGUGAUGAAGUCAAUCAAUACUGGGCUAACUGUGAUAUACGUAAAGGUGGUGCACCUGAUGGAAUAUCUUAA